AUGAAUUUGACAACAAUAAUUACCGACACCAGGACCAGUCCAUUCCCUGUUGCCGGCACGGUGGCCUUCAACGGAUUCUCGGCCAUUGGCGAUUGGGUUAUCAAGUUGCUGGAUGGCAGUGGCAACCUUGCCACCUCAAAGGCUUCUCUGGUGAUUCUGAGAUUUGGUCUACAACCUUGCGAUCGAAUCGCGCCGGCAGCUGAUUGCUUCGGCAACGGCUUCAACAGAAAGUUCGCACUUUUUUUCAAUCGGUCUCUGCUGGGCACCACUCUUUCGGCUGCCGAGACGGCUGCGCAAUUUCAGGCGGACCUGCCGGCUGCAUGUUGUGUCCCUGCAGCCUCCCCGUUCAUGCAGCUACAAUUCAGCAACAGUCCACCGUUUAAUGGCAUCGUGAGUGCUCAUGGUCGCAGCCCAGACCCAGAUGGCGCAACUCUUACCAUGACUGGACCAGUCCAGGCCGAUGGUGGUGGUCUUCGCACUGUGUUUAUGCCUACUCAGGGCCCUUCGUUGCUGGUAGUGUGGCAACCGGACUAUGGAAUUUCAACAUCUCCACGGCUGGUUUUGAAGCAGUCAUCGACAACACUCUGCGAGACCCGCAGCUCCAAAUCCUUCUGGAGCCUUGCUCAUAGGUCAAAAAUGUGA